AGAGAGAGAGAGAGAGAGAGAGAGAGAGAGAGAGACUGAAACUCUUGAGCUUUAGAGAGAGAAAGUCUCUCAGUUAUUAGCAUCUUGACACACAGAGUCUCGGCGAGUUCUUUGAUUGUCUAAAGGGGUUUUAUUCCUCACUGAUUUUUUCAAGUCGAGAUUGGGGCACAUAUAAAAAAAAUAGAUCAAAUGCCAUCAUUCAAAAUGAAGACCAACCUAAACAUGAGUUCUAUAAGAGAAACAAAUUGUCUUAGUGUGUGUCAAAAGUCAAAUGUAAUAUCCAAAAAAUCAUACUCCCAUGUCCCAGUUUCUCAACAACCUGAAGAGUUCGACAAGUGUGUUCAGAAAUGUCAGGAUGGCCAUGUUGCUUCGACUAAGGAAAUAUACACAGAGGAGGGGGACAUUAAAAAUAAUGAAGCCAUUGAUCUUCAAGACUUGCCCCAUGAUGGUAAUUCUCAGUUUCUGAAGCAGCUACCAAUCUCUGUAGAUUCUGGCACAACUGGGGAUAUUGAAUCUAUUUAUAACUUUGCAUCAAACGUGGAGACAAUUUUUUCUCCUGUUCUGGAGCCCAUUGAAGUCCUCAGUGUGCCAAAUAUCAGUGAUGGUGCAGGGAAUAACAACGAUCUUUACGUGCCAGGUUUGGGUCCUGAUGACAGUGAUUAUAAUAGAAGUUCAUGUGAUUAUCAAACUUGCAACAUAUCAGAUUUCUUUAUUUCUGACAUGAUUAUUGCUAGCUUACCAUUUGGUGAGAGUGCUGUUGUCAAUGAUUUCACCGAUGUGAAUCCUUUUCUUGAUUACAAGUGCGCUGAGCCAAGUAUGUUGUUUGAUGUGGCUGAGGAGUGCAUGAUACUACCUUUUCUCAAGGAUACUGCCAAAGUGAGCGACUCCAAUGAUAUGAAAUCAAGUGAAGAAGCCAUGAUAGAUUCAGAUAACAGUGGUUUGUAUCUAGCAAUUAAUCAGAUAAGAACUUGUGACCAGGAAUCUGAUCUAAUGACUGACUCAGACCAAUCUGAAGACUUUGAUCCUCAGUUCUUUAUCAGAAAUUUGCCGGAAUUAUCUGAUGUGGUUUCAAAUUUCCGGCCCUCUAUCAGCCCGAAGGAGCCUUGCAGAAGAAAGUCCAUAACCUUGGUGCUUGAUUUGGAUGAAACACUUGUCCACUCAACAUUGGAACAUUGCGAUGAUGUGGACUUCACCUUUACUGUGUUUUUCAAUAUGAAAGAGCACAGAGUGUAUGUAAAACAGAGGCCUCACGUCCACACUUUCUUGGAGAGAGUUGCAGAGAUGUUUGAAGUUGUUAUCUUCACAGCUAGCCAGAGCAUCUAUGCAGCACAGCUUUUAGACAUGCUGGAUCCUGAUAGAAAGCUUAUAUCUAGGCGGUUUUAUCGUGAAUCGUGCAUUUUUUCAGAUGGAAGUUACACAAAAGAUUUGACAGUUUUAGGUGUUGAUCUUGCCAAAGUUGCCAUAAUUGAUAAUUCUCCACAGGUUUUCAGGUUGCAAGUAAAUAAUGGGAUUCCUAUUAAGAGCUGGUUUAGUGAUCCAUCAGAUUGUGCACUAAUUUCAUUACUACCCUUCUUAGAGACCCUGGUUGAUGCUGAUGAUGUCCGGCCCAUAAUUGCAAAGAGAUUUGGUAACAAGGAAUAAAAGAGCUUCUUUUUCCUUACUAGCUUGAAUAUAGCUCCUUCCUCUUUUAGUUUAUCUUUUUUGUGAAAUUUGGCCUCUGAUUUAGAAUGCACAUUCUCUUUUUUUUCUUUUUUUUUUCUGAGUAUUUGAUAUAUUUAACUAUAUUAUAGAAUAAACUAGCAUUUGUCUCGUCCUUGGGUCAGCUCUCAGUGUUUGGACCCUUUCUUUUCUCCUCUCAGCUGACAACUUCACGGGGUGCUCUAUCUAAUUUUCCCAAAAGGUAGUUGUAGUGAAUGUCUCUGUUUCAUUUUACCGUACAGUUGAAGUUGCAGUCAAACUUAUAAGGGUGUGCACGUGAAUUUUAUCUUGUGAAAUAUAAUUUUGCAAAACUCUUGUUUGCUAUCUUAAUUUGUGCUCAUCUACAUGUGCUACUAUACUUUGUGUCAGUUCAUCCUUGGUAUGAAAAUAUUGAAAUUCUAUCUAGGCUAGCAGUAUGAAAUAAGAACUCUGGACCUUCAACUUCUAGGGUAUUCCUUUCUACAUGCCUCUAUAUUCCUGAAACAUUGUUUUGAGGCUUCAUAGUUCAUUCAUCAAGCAUAGUUAUAUAUCCUUUGAGAUCAUUGUUUGACUGUUGUUUAACUCACAUAUCUUAAAACAUCUGUUCAAGGAUGAAUAAUGGUUGAUAAGCAGGGAAUUGUUUUUUUUUUUUUUUUGAAUGCCAUGUAUGGCCAUCAAUUAUUAUUGAAUGCCAUGGAAAGAAAAAAAAUUGAACUUCUAUAGUCUUGCAAGAUUUUUGUUUUAUUUUUCUCAAUUGUGCUAAAUCUGAUUGAAAAAACUAUUUGUGAUUUUCCAUGUGGGUGGGAAGUCUAAGUAGUGCAUACAUGGAAGAACUUAAAAAAGUUGAAUGAGAGACUGAAAUAGAUUUUUCUUAAAAAUUGAGAACUCUAUAGUGACUCAAUAAACAUAAGGAUAGAAUCAAGUCUUUCACAAUUUAGAAACCAUUCUUCAACCUACACUUUUACUAUGCAUAUGAUGCUCUUUAAUUUCCCCACUAAAUUCUUCUCACUGUGGUGACUGGUAUUUAUAUUAAAAUUAUGUUGCUUGAAUUUGUGUUGGCUUUUACAAUAAUAAUUGUUUUUCUCUCGGUUGAUGUCAUUACUUGUAUAGGGCUAUCCUUAGAAUUUGUGGACUACAUCAGUGAAUCAUUGGCUGCUUGCAUGCUAGUCUAAAUAUUGCUGAACUCAAAAGUUCUCAUUUAAGAAAAUAUUUUUAGAGAACACUAUGGAUGACCUUCACUAUCUCACUUUAGGGAUCUCCAAUCUUAUGGAGGCAGUUUUGCUGAGAAGGCUUUCUUUUUCUUUUUACCCUUUUGAGUUAAGGAAUUAUAGAGGCAAUUGAACCUAGCUUGUUUAUUAAACUGAUCAAAGCGUUUUACAAUUUAUAUCAUUCAAUUUCAUCAAUGUUAUGGAUUUUCUAUGUGCAGAUUUAAUUUUCCAGUUUUUCUUACCAAUUAUUGUUCUUUUACAUUUGUUUGUACUUUCAUGUCCUUGGAUCAUUUACACAUUCAAUUAGGUCUUGAUGAUUGGACUUACUCUCUUUCCUCUAACCUUUGAUGUGCCCUAUCUGAAGUUAGUGUGUGGUUCGAGAGGUUGUAGUUGCUAAGACAGGAUGAUUGUGGGCAGGCUGUCCACAAGUACUUACACCAUCAACCAUAAAAGUGACUUAUUAAAUGUUUCUCCUCAAUGUUUACAUAUUGCUUAUUUGCAAUACAUAACAGUGCUUCCUUGAUAAUGAUAUUUCUUUUUUUGAUAAUAUGUAUCUUGCUUUCUCACAAGAUCCCUUCUGUACAAUUUCCUCGAGAGAUGAUAAUAGCUAGAAAAAGUGUGAUUGAGCACAA